AAAGUAAAAACACACCUUUUCCUUCUUCCACCUCUCAAAUUCUCUCCUUUUUCCUUUCCUUUCCCACUUAUUUUCUUUUCCAGGAAAAUCUUCCUUUCCUCCAUUCAUGUCGUCGGAUAAGGAUCGGCCACUACCCAAGUUUGGUGAAUGGGAUGUCAAUGAUCCAGCUUCUGCUGAAGGUUACACGGUGAUUUUUAACAAAGCUAGGGAUGAGAAAAAGACAGGAGGCAAGCCUGAUUCACCAGGGAAGGUGGAUUCUCAUACCAGGCCUCCAUUAGAUCAUGGCAAAACUCAGAGUAAAAGUUGGUUUUGCUGCGUUCAAAGUCCUCCUGCGGAAUCAUAGCAAUGGCUUCUCCUUUGUGUAUAUUUUUGAACGUAGCACCAGAUUUAUGUGUAACUAGCUCCCAGUGUCUUCUCAGGGAUAGGAACUGUAGAUCCAUAAAUGAUUUCUGCUGGAGUUGAAUGUAUGUGCUGUAAAAGUGAGUUGCAAUGAGGGAGGGUAAAGAAAACAAUAGAUUAUUACUUGUAUGUAUUCCAUCAAUAUUGUGGUUUAAUAUUAGGAGCAAAUGUUGCUUCCUUUUUUGCCUUGUUUUGCUCUUUGGGCUAUAGUUUUGCUUGUUGCAUCGUAUUCCUUAACCCUUAUACUGUUAAACAAGUAUUAUUUUAUGAGCUGAUUUUUUCCCACUCA